AUGAUGUUGUCCGUUAUUUUCACCUUCCUCUUGGCGUGGACUGUCUCAGUCCUCGGCAUAACUGUCACCACGACCACUUCAGCCUACACCAUUAACACGGAGAGCAGCUAUGGGUUUGUUGUCGCCAUUAGUCGUUCGACCUGCGACAUCACGUCGAUGAAGUUCUACGGGACUGAGUACCAGUACUCGAGCACCUAUAGCCACAUUGCAUCUGGCCUGGGUUCUGCAACCGUUUCAUAUUCUACCUCCGGGGACUACGUGAUCGUCAAGUGCGUCGCCGACAAUGACUCGUUUGAUCUGACACAUUACAUGGUCUUUGAGGAUGCUAGCAACAGCAUCUACAUGGGCACAUAUACCGUCUCCGAGCCCACUGUUGGCGAAUUGCGCUUCAUUUUCCGCCUAACAGGCCUGACAACUGCGUAUCCCUACGCCACCGUCUCCGACACCAGUGGCGGCACCGCAAUUGAGGCUUCCGACGUCUACACCGUCAGCUCGCAGACGCGCAGCAAGUUCUACUCGUCGGAGAGAUUCAUUGACGACAGUGCCUAUUGUGCUACCAACUCGGAUGCUUCCAUCCACGCUUGCUGGGUGCGUCCCAACCAGAAAGCUACCGAGAAGAGCAGUGGCGGACCCUUCUUCAGAGAUAUAAACCUCAACUGGGGGGGCAGCUACCAUAGCGUCACGUACUAUAUGAACUCGGGCCAUGUGCAGACCGAGAGCAAUCGUCAGGGUUUCCACGGCCCAUACGUGUUUAGUUUUAGCCGCAGCGGCAUUCCCUCUGCAUCGGGCUUUGACGUGUCUUUCUUUGACAAUCUCGGCUUGACUGGCUACGUUGGCGCUUCUGGUCGCGGGUACGUCAAGGGCACGGCAUCGGGCGUGUCGUCCAGCUUUCCCAUCGUGGUCCACUGGUACAACACCAACUAUCAAGGUUGGGCAUACGCCUCUUCGUCAGGCGCAUUCACCAGUCCAGCGCUCGUGGCGGGCACCUAUACGAUGAAGCUGUACCAAGAUGAGUUCCUGGCUGCUACAUCGACCGUUACUGUAUCUGCAGGCGCCACGGCAACAGCAAAUAUUGCCGCAAGCAACACGAUCCUCACAAGCAGCCACACGACGAUUUUCAAGAUGGGUGACUACGAUGGCCAGCCGACCGGCUUCCUAAACGCCGCCAAUCAGCUGCGAAUGCAUCCGUCCGAUAGCCGCAUGUCAAGUUGGAGCCCCGGCACGGUAGCCUCAACUUCCGCUUCGAGCUGGCCCAUGGCUAUGUUCAAGGACGUCAAUAACGGUCAGAAGAUCUCUUUCUCUCUCUCCUCCGCCAUCAGCUCGACUGCUACUCUGAGAAUCGCUACCACGCUGUCAUUUGCCGGUGGGAGGCCACAGGCCACUGUGAACGGCUACACUUGCUCUGCCCCGGCGGCGCCCGCGACAAUUGACAGCCGGGGCGUCACGAGGGGUGCUUACAGGGGCUGGGGAGAUGUUUACGACUGCAGUAUCCCAAGCGGGAAUCUAGUCAGUGGUACGAACACGGUCACAAUAAAUGUCAUCUCGGGAAGUAGCGGUACCGCUUACCUGAGCCCCAACGUAGUAAGUAUUCCUAUGUAUUAA